AGCACAGCCUACACAGCCAACGAAUGUUGUGCCUACUUCAUUAGCUUUUAUUUUUUAGUCUUCAUCAAUCAGCGUCCUUAAUUAGAUCUUUUUAAUUUAAAGUGCAAGAGAUUUAGUUGUCAAGUCUUGAAAAAUCGGAGGAAAAAAUGCAAGCAACGUAUUGUGUAUUUUUUGCUUGUUUUUUUACUGCGUGGAAUUUGAUCUCAGCGGCUCCGCUAUCAGACAAUCCUCCAUCUGCAGCAAAUGCAAAUAUAAUACAAUAUGAAAAUAACAACGAUGGCAGUGGAAAUUAUAAAUUCAGUUUUGAAACAUCGGAUGGAACAAAGAGAGAAGAAACUGGUACGGUGGUCAAUCCUGGCCAACCUGAUGAGCAUAUAGCUGUUGUAGGCUCGUAUUCAUUCAUUCGUUCGGAUGGGUUUUAUGAAACAGUGGAAUAUAAGGCUGAUGAAAAUGGUUAUAAUAUAUUAACCCCAAGUAAUUUACCUGAAAUGCAAGUUGUACAAGCAUUGCCUAAUGCUGUGGUUGCAAGUUUAUUGGGAUAAACUUUUUUUUCGCCAAUAUCAACAAUAAUGAAAACUUAAAUACUCAGAUGGAUGGAUAUAUCAAGCAAAUAAUUUUGUUCUAAAUACAUUUUCAUGAAAUACACAAUAAAAUAAUAAAAAUAUAUGUACCAAUUAUAAACGCGAAAAUGUGUGCGAACGAGUGUUUGCUACUCUUUUAUUGCAUAAAAUGCACGACGGACGGUGCAGACUAAAGGUGAUUGGUCUACAUAAAAUUUAGCUAGUUGAUAAUAAAUAGUCUGCUCAUAUAUAUGAGCUUAUAGCCUUCCUCAAUAAAUGGGCUAACUAACACUGAAAGAAUUUUUCAAAUCGGACCAGUAGUUCCUGAGUUUAGUGCGUUCAAACAAACAAACAAAUUUUUCAGCUUUAUAAUAUUAGUGUAGAUGAUAAAUAAUAAGUAAUCUUUUGAUUAUAUUCUCUUUUAUCUGGGGACUAUAUAUUAAUGAAGCAGCUAGCAGGAUCUAUUUGAUUUGAUAUCACUUUUGAAAUACUCUUGAAAAUGGUUUAAUCCCUGCACACUAAAUUGUAGUGCGUACGUCGAGUAGGUACUUAGUUAUAUGUAAUAAGUAUUAUUAAAUGUAAAUAAACCUUGACGUGGACCGAUUCAAUUUUGAAUAUGGUUUUAUUUGCAACAUAGUUUUUAACACCC